GCCAGUCGCACCCGGCUACCCUCCUCGCACGAUGGUCGCCUCGCUCGACCUCCUCCUCGGCGUCCUCGCUGCGGCCGCCGCCGUCGCAGUCGGUCCUCUCGGCGCACAAGCUUCGGCCGUCGACAACGCUCAACCUGUGGCCGGCACUGCUCUGGAGCGCCGUGCAGACCGUGACUGGCGGCUGAGGAAACGCGCGACGACGACCGACGCGGCCCAACUCGCCGGCCAGACGUUCGACUAUGUCAUCGUUGGUGGCGGUACGGCCGGUCUCGCCCUUGCUUCUCGCCUGUCCGAGAACUCGUCCCUGUCGAUCGCCGUCAUCGAGGCCGGCACGGACGGCAGCGCCGUCGAGGACGAGGUGCUCGCGCCCGCCAUGGCCUACUUUGGCGGCAUCGCCAACGCCGACUCGGCCUACGACUGGCAGUACUCGACCGAGGCGCAGGCCAACCUCGACGGGCGCGAGGUCUUCUGGCCACGAGGCAAGAUGCUCGGCGGCUCGUCGGCGGUCAACGGGCUGUACAUGAUCCGCCACAGCUCGAUCGAGCAGGACUCGUGGGCGUCGCUCAACAACGACAGCUCGGUCUGGACCUGGGACACGCUCUUUCCGUAUCUCAAGAAGAGCGAGACCUGGACGCCGCCGUCCGACUACCACAUCCAGGAGGCGUCGAUGGUCCUCGACGAGAGCCUGCACGGCCUGGACGGCCCUGUCCACUACUCGUACCCGGGCCUGUUUUACAACUCGACGUACGAGUGGAUCCCGACGUUCGCGGCGCUCGGCGUCGACACGCGCGAUCCCGCCGGCGGCGAGAACUUUGGCGCCUUCAUCGCGACGUCGGCCAUCAACCCGUCAAACUGGACGCGCAGCUACAGCGCCAACGGCUACCUGGUCAACUACGGCACCAACCUCGUCGUUCUGACGGGCCACCAGGCCACCAAGAUCGUUUUCGACGGCACGACCGCGACCGGCGUCGAGUUCUCGGCCGGCGCCGGCAACGAGACGUUCACCGUCUCGGCGUCGCAGGAGGUCGUCCUCUCGACGGGCGUCAUCGGCUCGCCCCAGCUCCUCCAGGUGUCGGGCGUCGGCCCGUCGGACCUGCUCGAGGGCCUCGGCAUCACGGUCGUCAAGGACCUUCCCGGUGUCGGCAUGCACCUCGCCGACCACCUGUCGGGCGCCAUCACGCUCAACACGUCGUUCCCCUUCUCGGGCGACCCUGUCGAGGCCAACGCGACGUACGCCGCCGAGCAGCUCGCCCUGUGGAAGGCCGGCGACGCCAACUCGCUGUACACGAGCCCGAACGACGCCGUCGCCUACAUCAACCUCACGACGCUCUUCGGCAACGACGCGGCCCAGACGUUCAUGGACGAGCUCGAGGCGAACAAGACGGCGCAGGUCCAGGCGUACUCGACCAACUCGGCCGUCCAGGCCGGCUACGACGCGACCUACUCUGCCGAGCUUCGCGACGUCUACCCUUCUGCCGUCGGACAAGCCGAGAUCCUUUUGUCCAACACGGGCAGCUACGGCGGUUACCCGGGCGCCGUCACGGUCCAGAUCCAGGCGGCUAUCCAGCACCCUCUGUCGCGCGGCUCGGUCAAGAUCAACUCGACGAGCACGUUCGACAAGCCCAUGGUCGACGCCGGCUACCUCACGCACCCGGGCGACGUCCAGGUCCUCCGCCAGGCGUUCAAGUACGCGCGCACCGUGUCGCAGACGCCGCCCUUCUCCGAGUACGUCCUCAACGAGCUCUCGCCGGGCGACGCCGUCUCGACCGACGAGGAGUGGGAGGCCUGGAUCCGCAAGGUCGUCUCGACCGAGUACCACCCGGCGUCGAGCUGCUCCCAGAUGCCCGAGUCGUUCGGCGGCGUCGUCGACACGAGCCUGCGCGUGUACGGCAUCUCGAACCUGCGCAUCGUCGACGCGUCCAUCAUCCCGAUCUCGCUCUCGGCACACGCUACCGCUCCCGUCUACGGCAUCGCCGAGCGCGCCUACGACCUCCUUCUCACGACCCCUCGAGGCGAGGGCGGCUCGGCCUCGUCGACCCAGGACGCCGCUGCUCAGUCGUCGUCGUCGUCGUCGUCGUCGUCGAGCUCUGCGGCGCGCUCGAGCUCGACCGCAUCGGGCUCGCCGUCCACGACCGGGACGUCGAACGCCGCGACCAAGUCGGACGGCACGAGCGCAGCCACGAGCUUGUCGCCCGUCUCGACGCUCGCGACGCUCCUCGUCGCUCUCGGCACCUUGGUCGUCCUCGCCUGAGCCUCCUUCGACGUACCCUAUACCCCUCUCGUCGUAAUCUCCCGUCCUCUGCCUCGAGCCCCUCCCACUUUCCCUCCUCUCUCCCUUCCUCACUCGCACUCGUUCAUACUCUCCCUCCUUCGUCUCCAGCAUAUAGCCGCUCCUCUCGCCAUCCUCGCAAACCUCAUCUCUUUCCUUGGCCGAGCACUCUCCUCUCGAUCCCUAGACUUGUCGAGACCGGGUCCGUGCACGCGCUCUCGGAGA